UGGGGGAAACCAUAGUGCCAUAGGGAAAAGUGUUUUUGAAAUUUUUUUGUACUAUGGUUGCUUCAAUAUCAUCUGUUAUCAAUUUCCACCAUAUAAUCUGUUCCUUUGCAAUGUUGGUAUUUUCAUGCCAACAUGCUCUCUCCGUUGUGUUGGUGCUAUCUCGACCACUUCUUUGUUCCGGUGCAUACAUCAACCUUCCUUCUCCGGAGUUGUUUCGUCAAGCUCUUUCCUUGUUGUUCUCUUCCAAUAUGCAUAACAAGUGCCCACACGACCCAAGUUAUUGGCACUUGUUAAUGCUAAAAUUUAUGUAUAGCUACAUAUCACUAUCUUGCGAGAUUUGUGAAAUAUUCUUGUUGCUAUCGUUCUAACCUUCUACAUGCUAUGGAUAGCUCUCGUGUGCUUGAAUUCUUGUACAUUGAUGAUAGCUAUGUCAUGUCUCUUGUUAUCUUCUGAAGUUCCCGUUAAGCACUAAUAUUGGGUUUUUCAUUAUCCAUGAUUGUGCUAACCUUGGUGUCCUUACUCAGAAUGGAGAGUGGUGAAGAUGUUCCUCCACCUGAAAUGGACCAAGCUCUGGUUAAAAUGGCGCAAGUCCUAAAUCAGAUGCAGAUAAGCCAAGACAGAAUCAAUGGUGGCAAUGCACGUGUCACUAUUCAGGAGUUUCUCCAGCUCAACCCGCGCACUUUUGAUGUCACCGCAGAGCCAAUUGAUGCUGAUGAUUGGUUACGCGAGAUGAACAAGACUAUUAGUGUGACACAUGUGGCUGAUGAGGACCGUGUUCCUUAUGUGACAUAUCUUCUUCGUGGAGUUUCAGCCGCAUGGUGGGACAAUCAUCUGCUGAUGAAAGCACCAGAUGCAGACAUUACCUGGGAUGAGUUUCAGCUACUCUUCAAGCGUCAUCACAUCCCUGACAGCAUCAUGGAGAGAAAGCGAGAAGAGUUCUGCAAUUUGUCUCAAGGCAGCAACACUGUGCUGGCUUAUAGAGAUGCUUUCUUAAACCGGCUCGUUAUGCUGGAGAUGAGGUAUCUACAGAUGCCAAAAAGCAAGCCAUGUUUCGCAAAGGCCUGA